AUUGAAGCUCUGCCGUUUCAUCGAUUCUCUGAACCUCCAUGCCUGCCAUGCCUAUCAUGUCUGUUACUAGGUGAUCGGAUUCAAUAUGCCAAGGAAUCGACCUCCAACCACCGGGUACGCCCGAAUUGCCCAGGCGGAGGAGUCGGAUUCAGAGAACGAUGAUCUGGCCAACACCUCCUCCUUACAAGCAGCAGCAGCUCCACGCUAUGCACCCAUUACACAGCCUCGCCCGCAUGGGGGCAUGUACGCAGAUGGCUCGACAUCCCCAAAUGCUCCCAGACGAUAUCAGAAUCGAAGACGAAUGCGGAGUAACUCGUCGGGGGUAGAUAUCAAGGCGAUCAAUACGCGACUGGAGAGAUGGGCAGACGAAAUCGCGUCGAAGUUCAAGAUCAACAUAAUCAAGGGGAAGACGGCGGAAGAGGAAAGGCUGGAGAUCCACCAUUCGGUCUUCCAGGCGCCAGAAGGUGUAAUACCCGCGACGGCUGAGAUGCUCGCGUCAGAUCACGACCACAACCGAAUGACGAAGUCAGAGUUCGAUGAGAUCGUGGAAAGCGUUCGAGUUGCUAUCGAACAGGGCAUUCAUCCUAAGAUGAUCUCGCAGGGAAGCUCUGGUAGUUACUUUGCGCGGAACUCCCAGGGUAAAGUCGUUGGUGUCUUUAAACCUAAGGACGAGGAGCCCUACGCAGCAGGCAACCCGAAGUGGAACAAAUGGAUACACCGCAACCUCUUUCCGUGUUUCUUUGGCCGGGCAUGCCUCAUUCCUAACCUUAGCUACGUUUCCGAGGCUGCAGCGUACACCCUCGAUUGCAGACUACGGACGAACCUUGUACCAUACACCGAUAUAGUUCACCUCUCCUCGAAGUCCUUCCACUAUGAUUUUUGGGAUCGCAGGAAUUUCUACAGGAAGGGGAAACCUUUUCCACCCAAGGUUGGCAGCUUCCAGGUCUUUCUUAAGGGGUUCAAGGAUGCGAAUAUCUUUCUGAGGGAGCACCCCUGGCCAGACCGUUUAAAUGGUGCCUACACUCCAACGGACGGCCGGACGAGGAGGGGUAGGCCUUGGAGAGAGACAUGCAGACCAGAUACUAGAUCAGAUGAAGAUGACGAAGGUGGAAGCGAUCCCGCAUCAUCCGGGGCCGAUGAGACCAGGAGACGUUUUGUUUGGACCGAGGCAUUACAACAGUCAUUUCGCGAGGAACUCGAAAAGUUGGUUAUAUUGGAUUACAUUAUGCGGAAUACGGACAGAGGACUGGAUAAUUGGAUGAUUAAAGUGGACUGGGAGAACCAGGGCGUUUCCAUCGUCUCCGAACCACCUCAGAUGAACAUUGAUACCGAAGAGCAUGCACCACGUUUAGUUUCCUUAGCAGACUCAAACGGGUCCGAUCCAUACCGAGUUCAGGAGCCUAUGGAUGCCACUAGUAGAUCAGCUACACCAUCGAGAGUGGCUGGUCCUACGAUAUCAAUCGGUGCUAUCGACAACAGUCUAUCUUGGCCAUGGAAGCAUCCUGAUGCAUGGCGGAGCUUUCCCUUUGGAUGGUUAUUUCUACCAGUGUCACUCAUCGGCCAGCCAUUUACUCAAAAGUCUAGGGAUCACUUUCUGCCACUCCUCACUUCUAAGCAGUGGUGGAGUGAGACUCAGUUAGAAUUGAGAAAAGUCUUCAGCCAGGAUGCUGAUUUCCAGGAGCGAAUGUUUGCAAGACAGAUCGCUGUCAUGAAGGGCCAGGCAUGGAAUGUUGUUGAAACGUUAAAAACCGCGGAUCAUGGGCCAUUGGAGUUAACCAGAAGGGCACGUGUGUGUGUCUGGGAUGAUUUGGUUGACAUUCCGGUUGCAGUCCCGAUGCGGAGACCUUCGGCUGAGAUGAGAAGACGGAACGACGUGAGAUAUAACAGGGAUUUCGAUGAUGAGAUGGACAUCAGUGCUGCCAAUGCUCAAGGGCCGCAGCACGAUCUUCUGGGUCUAUAUACUCCUCCUGCCGAUCUGCCCAAUGCGAAUCGAUUUGAUCUGGCAAGUCCCCGGGCUAGUGGGGACGCAUCUGCCCCUCAAGCCUCCGCAUCCUCAGCAACCGGUAUGAAAGCCGGAACCCAGAAAGAGGGCGCGGUAAAGAAUGGCCAGGUCAAAUUUUCAGACCGACCGAGACCGAGUCACUCGAGGAAUCGCAUGAGUUACGACGGACCUUCGAGAUCUCCAUCGCAGGAACUUCGCGUCCCAACCAGGAGGUUUUCCUUCUCUGCCAGAAAUCGCGCUGCUGGACAGAUGUUCUACGUCGACGAUGAUUUGGAGGGAGAUCUUGGGUAUGCGGCAGCGAUGGAAGGAAACCAGCGGAAAGUGAUUGUGGAGCGGCUCGAGACAGUUAAGAGCAAAAAUCCGGUGUUCACGUGGUGUUAGGCCAGGGCCAAGACGGAGGCAAACUAGACCUAUUAUCUGGAUGUAUUAUAUUCAGGCACGGCGCUGGAGAGGACGGGGAGCAUAGUUCCUACAGGGCAAGACGUACAUACUAUAGAUUCCUUGGGAGCAUCUAAUCUAAUUGGAGCG